AUGGCUUCUCUAAUUGCUCCUUCCAAACACUCUCCAAUUGAAGAUGCAGAAGCUCUCCAAAGAGCUGUUAAAGGUUGGGGAGCUGAUGAAAAAGCCAUUAUAUCAAUAUUAGGUCAUAGAAAUGGUACUCAAAGAACUCAAAUCAGACAAGCAUAUCAUGAUCUUUAUCAAGAAGAUCUUAUCAAACGACUUGAAUCAGAGUUAUCCGGUGAUUUUGAGAGAGCAAUGUAUAGGUGGAUAUUGGAACCUGCAGAGCGUGAGGCUUUGGUGGCUAAUAUAGCACUAAAAAAUGCAAACAUGAACUAUCAUGUGAUUGUGGAAAUUUCAUGUGUUUCUUCACCUGAUGAGCUUUUUAUUGUGAGACGCGCUUAUCACAAUCGAUAUAGACGUUCCAUGGAGGAGGACGUGGCUACUAAUACCACGGGCCAUCUUCGUCAGCUUUUGGUGGGGUUGGUGAGUUCAUUUAGGUAUGGUGGGAGUGAGGUGAAUGCAAGAUUGGCACAAUCAGAAGCUGAUAUACUUCAUGAGGCUAUCAAAAACAAGAAUCACAAUCAUGAAGAAGUGAUCAGAAUCCUAACAACAAGAAGCAAGACACAGCUUGUUGCAACUUUCAAUUGCUAUAGGCAUGAUCAUGGCAUUGCUAUCACUAAGAAAUUGUUGGAUGAAGGAUCUGAUGACUUUCACAAGGCACUGCGAAUAGCUAUUAGUUGCAUCAAUGAUCAUAACAAGUACUAUGAAAAGGUUCUUCGUAAUGCAAUGGAAACGGUGGAAACCGACGAAGAUGAACUCACCCGAGUGAUUGUGACUAGGGCUGAGAAGGACUUGGAAGACAUCAAAAAGGUCUAUUACAAGAGAAAUAGUGUUCACCUUGAGCAUGCAGUGGCCAAAAAAACUUCAGGAGACUACAAGAAAUUUCUUGUUACUCUUAUGGGGAAAGAAGAAUAA